AUGCCAGCACCUCCUAUACAAGUCUUCUUGACUACGAUUGCCUCGCAGCCAGCGCUCAGGCAACGGCAAGAGUAUAUCCUUCGCAUUCUACAGGCAAAACAGAUCCCGUUCGACUCGUAUGAUCUUGCGUCCGACGAGCAGGCCAAGAGUUUGUGGAGGAGAAAAGCGCCCGUAGACAAGCAGCAGCUUCCGGGCAUAUUGGUUGGCGGUACAUGUCCUGGGACUUUCGCGCAGUUCGAAGAGGCUGUCGAGUUUGACGAGCUUGACAUCUUCCUUCGCCGCAACGACUCAUGGGAUCCCGAAAUCGACGAACUCCGUCCGGCGCCGCCUGUCAAACCCAUUGGUGUACCUGGUGCAGCAUCUCCCUCCCAAAUGGCGAAACCGGAACAUAAACGGUACUUCACGCCAAGUCCACAGCCGUCGCCGCUGAAGGGCAAGGGCGGCGAACGCUCCGCUUCGAACGCGUUGAAGCCGAACGACCCCAAUUAUCAAUCUGUUGUCGCCGAACUGCACCGAAGGAACGAGCAGGAGUUCGACGUCGGCGAGGAGCUUUCGGGUUACGGUCUUCAGGGCGUCAAGGUCACCGAGGACGACUUGCUCGCGCUCGUGGAGGAGCUUGGACUGGGAGGGGAGGAGGCCAGUACAUUGGCAAGAGGGCUUAGCGCUAAGCCUACUGCGUCGAAAACGCCCAAUGCGCCGGAAUCGAUCAAGUCUUCUUCUGGCAGCACCAAGGGCUUGAAGCUCUCCGGCAAGUCUGACGCGAAGAAGGCAGCGCCUGUGCAGGAGCCCAAGACUGAAGGCGAGCCAGUCGUUGAAGCGCCGAAGACUCCGAACCUCCCGACUUCUGCACCAGUGCCGGCAAGCCCAAAGACUCCCGCAAUUCCGAAGACGCCCGAACUGCCCAAGCCGUCCGUCGUAGUGGAACAACCUCCUGCAAAGGCUGCGCCAGUCGAGGAAGUCAAGCCGAAAGCUGAUGCCGCCCCAGCAAAGGGCGGCCUGGAUGUGAAGGGUGAGGCGGAUGAAGAGUCGGUGAAAGGCUUGAGUUAUUUGACAGACUCGUCGAGCAUCGCGUCAAGGCCGUCAGUAUCUUCCGACAACGCCUUCUCGGUGCCGCUCCCCGACACGCCCCUCACGCCCAUGCCGCUCACCCCGAAGACCCCGAGUCAUGCCGCUUUCGAACCGCCAGCUAGCGCCACGGCUAGGUCGUUCACGACUCCUCCUGCGCACAAGGAGGAGCGCGAGGAGAAUGUGUUCAUAAGUGAGAAGCCGGCUGCGCCUGCAAUGGCUGAGCAGGGUGCCGGACAGACUGCAGACCAAGGGUGA